AUGAAUGCGGCCAAGCCACGCAAACUUCUGGCCAAAGGCUCCUAUGUAGUGAUUCCCGUCCCACUCGCCAAGUCGCAGGGGUCCUCGCUGUCGCUUGAAGUCCCAUCUCGAAAGCCGCAACGAUCCUCAGAGUCUGCAGGGUCGGCGGAGAUGGAAGAUGUUCCUCAGCCGAGGCCACGCCGCAAUUCUCUGCUGGUGCCCCGCAAGGGGGCAAAAAGCCGAUCCAUCUACACAAGCGUUGAUGCAGCUACCUGGACGCAGCAGCUCAAGGCUGAUAUACGGGCCCCUCAUGAGAAAGCCAAGCGCAUGGAGGUUCCCAGCAUGCUGCAGAUGGACUCUGCGUUCAUGAGGGCGAUCUCUACACCGCACCAGCUUGUACCGCUCAGCUCGACGCCUUUCAGAGGCGUCGUGCCCCCCGGCGGAGCUCCGGCAGCGGCGGCUGCUCCGGCGAAACGGCUUUCCCGCUUAUCAUCAGCUUCUGAGUCGGCACUUGCCGGUGAUGGCCAUGACCCGCUGAACCUGCCAGGCGCGCCCGAUGCGAAGCAAGCCACGCUUCAGACUGCUGAUAGUGGAAAGAAGAAGUCUUCCACUGUGAUGAGCCUCAGCAAAGACUCCCAGGCCAAUAUCUUGGACCAUUUCCACGAGUCGAUGGACAGCCCCCUACGGACAGAGAUCAGCCACGACUUGAGCUCAAGGAUCUUGUUGUCCUUACCAUGCAUUUUGUGCCCCAUGCUGGGCUUGCUGACGCUUUGCUAUUGUGGCCUGCUGCUGGUGAUGUUGCUCACCACCUGGCUGUCGGGAAGCACCAUGCAAGCCACGUUGAUCUCCGUGGCAGUCUACAGCGCAGCAGCCUGCGGCUGCACUCACUUCCUCAGGCGCGCGCUUCGCACGGACGAGCUCAUGCUGGCCCUGGGCAAGUUGCACAUGUUCGUUGCCGACUUCCAAGUCGAAUGGAGCAAGGUCUCCGGGCAGGAGUGGCGGAAGAAUGGCUUGAUGUGGGUCUUGGUCGUGUGGUUCUUUGCAGCAGGCCAGCUGCUGGAGGAACUGCAACCUCUGGAAGCAAGUUCAGAUCCCGCAGCCCCAGACCCAGAGGUGCUGUUGUCCCUGAGACGAGCACUGUCGAUAGUCUCGGUUGCCAUCUUUGCCAUCUCCAGCGCCCUGGUAAUUCUGGGCUCGUCUGUCCUAUCUCAUAUCCUCAUGGGCUUGGACAAGAGCUUAGACUGCUGGUGCUGCAUACUCCUUGAUGAAGGAGACUUCGUGAUCGGGGUCCAGAGCUGGAAUUGCUUGCAAGCCCUUCUCAAGUGCAUCGGGCGGGAGCUUGGCAACGCUUUCGUCAUGACGCAGGCUCUUGGUGCUGUGGGCUUGGUGUACUUUUUGACCAGCGCAGUCACCACUGCCUUUCACAUGGGUUUUCGCUUUGCUCCUUCGGCUGUCAGUGGCGACUAA